ACCAAAGAUGACUGUUGAUGUAACUGCAACGCGAACUGCGCAUGAGUAGUUCCUCCUUCGUCACUUCCUGUCGUUGUUUUGCUAGAGUGUAGCAGCGGACGUGCAACUUGACAGGUUAAAGUUAGAAAGCAGGCGGAGACGAACCACAAUGUCCAGCAAUGUGCUGUGUGGUCGAGGCAAGUUGGUCUUCUCUCAGACUGCUGGCUAUCAAGCAUUAGCUGCUCUCCGUGUGGGCAGAGCCAGACCCUUCUCUGCUGCAAGCUCAGAUGAGCCUUAUGUAGUUGUAUCACCCACAGAUUCAGGCCCCAGGACUGUGUGGCCUGAUGAGAACAUGGGACCAUUUGGACCUCAGGACCAACGCUUUCAGUUACCAGGUAACGCUGGGUUUGACUGCCACUUGGAGGGCAUUGGGAACCAAAAGAAGACUCCAGUCCACAGGACGGUGCCUGAUGUACUCACUGCUCCAAGCAGCACAGAGAGACAGCAGUUCAUACUCGCCCAGUUUAUUAAUGAGUUCCAUGGAAAGCUUGGUCCUAUUUCCACAAGAGUCCACAAAGCAGAGCAGUACUUUAAUCAGGGAGGCACAGACUGCUCUGUCAGUUCCUGCCCUGAGCUGUUAAAGAAAGAUCUUGAGCAGCUGUUCCCAUCAGCCCCCGUCACUCCUAUUACAGUUGUGACGAUCACACAGAAGAGCCGCCAGUUUGAGGAGGCGGCAGAAGAGGACAGAGAUCAGCUGCUUCACAGAUUUGUGAGCGGUGCAAAGGAAAUGUGCUUCUCUCUGUGGACUGCAGGCUACUGGGCAGACUUCAUUGACCCAACAACAGGAGCAGCUUUUUUUGCAUCUUCAUCGAAUCAAACCACACUCCGAACGGAGGACGAGCUGAGACAUCUGGGCUUCCACAUUGAAGUGUCAGGCUCCUGCACGGUAAUUCGCCACAUCCUAAGGGGAACACCUUUGUUUGUGGGGACUGUUUUCACCAAUGCACCUUCUCACAGUGCUGCUAUUGCAAGACUACAAGGACUUUCAAAUGUACUUGAUGAUGAGGAAUAGGAUUUUUUUUUAUUAUUAUUCCACACAACUAAAUCCAAACACAAGGUCUUUAUUUAUGGUUUGAAGAAGCUUGAAACUUGAUGUAUGGUAGUGUUGGUACAUGGAUGUGCAGAGGUUGUAAUAAGGACUUGACUCUAGGACUCUAAUGUGGACGUCGACAUUGUGCCUGUCCGAUAAGAGACGUCAACCCUCCUUAUCCUGCACUACAUUCAGGGAGAAACACAUUCUGUGCAGUGGGUAGGGUUCUGACUACAAAUAAAAGACUUUUCAGACUGAAUAUCUGUUAUUUGAAAAGUCUGUAGCCAAUGUUAACACUUUAGAACGUGUCAUCAUCUGUGUUUUAUGACAUAAGCACCAUGGAUUUGAAAUGGAAACUGCCAAAACUUUCUCAGGCAGCUGUUAGUAGCUCAUGUGAAGAGAUUCAAACAACAACUUAAGAACUAAAAAAACUAGUACAGCAUUGUUUUUCUGUGUCACAUGGUGUAAAGAAAUAUGGAUACUGUUUCAGUUGAAACACCGCAGCUGUGAAAGUUAGAAAUCUUGAAUAAAUCAAAUGACUUCUCAUCAAGCUGCAGUGAUGCUCUGUUUUCCUGGAGCUUUCAGUGUCAGCUUCUCAACAGAAAUGUUGAGGACCACGAGGGGGCUGUUCCCAUUACGGUAACUUGGGAUCACAUGAUCAGCACUCCAGUUAUAUCAAUGAUGAUCAUGGAUCAGUUAAAAGUGUAUUUAAAUUGAAUUGCAGCAUCAGGAAAUGUGCACAUUGAGUCAAAGCUGCUCCACCCGUUGAGUGCAAUGUUCCUUUAUAUCCAAAUAUCCAGUAAGACUUUUGUCUUAUUGAGUAUUUGAUUUAAUCAGCCACAAACCUGGUGUGUGUCCUACCUACUGUAUGUGUGUGCACUGCUAAAGUCAGCUCGUUUAUGUUAUAAUGUGAAUAAAACAGCGAUACUUAUUUUUCACCAAAUCAUGGCUGAUUAGAUUUACUGCAGACAGUCUGGCGCACACCUUUUUUUCAGUCAUCAUGAAGGUUGUUUUUAGGUUGUACCAGACUCAUUUUAUGUCAGACUCUGGAUAUAGUCAGUACUUCUCCAGCUGCAUCUGACACAUCCUAUUCAUAUCAAAAAGUGGAUAAUACAAUAAAAAAAUGAAUACAACAAAAAAUGGAAGGGAACAUCCUAAAGGUGGCAGGAUGCUUCUCUUCCCUCUGUGGUGAUGGUGCUGAUUCAGUCUCCAAACUGAGGACCUCACAGUGAGAUACUGAUGUGUUUGGACUAACUUUGGUCUUGCCUCUGCUGAAAAAUCUCUUCAGUUUGGUUAGGUUAGUUUUCCUGAAUCUUUGAGCAGCUGUGCUUUUUAUGUCCUGGCAAGAGCUUCUUCAAAAGCCACAUCACUGGCCACCGUGGCAGCCUGCAACAGCUUUGCAGAUCCAAACUCUCGACAAAGGUUUUUGUAGACUGUGAUGUGCACACUUCCAAUGGUCUGUGGGAGAGUGGAUCUUAUUUCUCCCACAGUCCUCUUUCUCAGCCAUUCCAGCAUACUAUCAAAGUCCACGUUGUGUAUUGAUGUCUGGGUGGAGUGAGCAAUGUGAUCCAGAAGCUUGAAGAGAAAGACAGUGAGAAAGGUCUUCUCUUGCUCCCACAACUGCUCCUUCUCUUCGGGACUGGCACAACACUUUACACUCAGACCAUCUUCCUGCUCCUGCUCAGCCUGCGAGGAGAAACUUCUAUGAAAUGAAUCAUAACUUUCUGAAGAACUGGUAAAACACAUUAUGCUGUGACCACUGGAAGGGAAAGUUAUUUCCUGCUCCGAUUCAGGUGAGAUCUCAUCGCUACAAUCUGUGCAAAACUUAGCAACAUCCAUCAUGUUGUGUGCCCUGGAGUCCUUGCUUUCACUCUCACUGGACAGAAAUUGUUCACUCUCAGGUGUUGUAUUCAGAUUGCUAGCUAAAUGUUGUAAUGUUAGAAUGAUAUUAUAAAAUAUCUUGUGAA